ACCCCACUACAUUACGCUGCAGCGCGCAAUAGAACAGCUGCGGUCAGUCUUUUAAUUAAGGCUGGAGCGGACGUGAACGCACAAGACCACCAUGGAAACACGUCGCUUCAUCUAGCAGCGGUCACAGGGUCCUGUAACGUCAUGCCAUUAUUGGUGUAUGCCGGAGCGGAUGUUAUCGCCAAAACUCGAAAUCAAUGGACUCCUAUAGAU